CGCGCUUGUGAGUGACCGCACUGAUUAGCAGCAAAGCAGUAGGGGAGUUUUAGACCGUCACCGAACGGAGAGGGACUGCUAUUGAAUUACACCCAAAAACGCGAGGAUUAAAAGAAAAUGCGUAUCCUUUCGGCACGGACCUGAAUGUCGUGGAUUUGCUGAGUGCUUCCCGGUGGGAGAGAGAGAAGACAACAAAUUGACUGAGUGGGAAUGCAGGGAAUUAAAUAGAGACUUUGCGUUUGUGAGCGUCCGACCGCUGCAACCCAUCCUGAGAAAAGACUACAACUUCAGUCUUCAGUUUUCACGUCUGGAGUGGUAAUGUCUUGACGUGGUGAUCCCCCCAGACCAGUGAAGGACGUGCCAGUGCCAGGCUGUUGCUAAUGGGAACGACUGCUCCGCCAUGAGUGCUCGUGAUGGCGUCGGUGGUGUCGGAGGCAUGGGCACCCUGGGUCGGCGGCAGCGCUUUGAGAACUCGGAGUUCACAGUGCGUAUUUACCCGGGCGACCUGGCAGAGGGCACCAUCUACUGCCCUAUUAGCGCACGCAAGACCACCACGGCUGCCGAGGCCAUCGAGCGGGUCAUCGAGCGGCUGCAGCUGGAUCGCACCCGGUGUUAUGUUUUGGCCGAGGUGAAGGAGUUCGGUGGAGAAGAAUGGAUUUUAAACCCCAGCGACUGCCCGGUGCAAAGGAUGAUGCUGUGGCCCCGGGUGGCUCUGGAGCACCGGCCCCUUUCUGGAGGAGAGGACUACCGCUUCCUCCUGCGGCAGAAGAAUCUGGACGGGUCCAUUCACUACGGUGGUAGCCUCCAGAUGUGGCUGCAGGUGACCGAGGAGCGCAGGCGGAUGGUGGAACGCGGACUCCUGCCGCAGCCUGAAUCUCAGGACCACUCAGAUCUGUGUCGUCUGUCGGAGCUCAACGAGCGCUCGCUGCUGGACAACCUGCGCUCGCGUUUCCGGCAGGAAAAGAUCUACACGUAUGUCGGAAGCAUCCUCAUCGUCAUUAACCCUUUUAAGUUCCUACCCAUCUACAACCCCAAGUAUGUGAAGAUGUAUGAUAAUCAUACACUGGGAGAAGUAGAGCCACACAUUUAUGCAGUGGCUGAUGUGGCCUACCACGCCAUGCUGCAGAGACAGAGCAAUCAGUGCAUUGUUAUUUCUGGGGAGAGCGGAUCUGGGAAAACGCAAAGCACAAACUUUCUCAUUCACCAUCUAACUGCUCUCAGUCAGAAGGGUUUUGCUAGUGGCGUGGAGCAGAUCAUCCUGGGGGCGGGGCCAGUUUUGGAGGCAUUUGGGAAUGCAAAGACAGCCCACAAUAACAACUCGAGUCGCUUUGGCAAGUUCAUCCAGGUGAACUACCAGGAGAGCGGCAUGGUGAGAGGAGCUUAUGUGGAGAAAUACCUCCUGGAGAAGUCACGGCUAGUCUAUCAGGAGCACAAUGAACGGAACUACCAUGUAUUUUACUACCUGCUGGCAGGAACAAGUGAAGAGGAGAGGACAGCCUUCCACCUCAAGAAGCCUGAAGAGUACCAUUACCUCUCUCAGAUGACAAAGAAACCCCAUCGACCGCACUGGGACAGUUACUGUGAGAGUGAACCGGACUGCUUCACAGUCGAAGGAGAAGACCUGAAGCAUGACUUUGAGAGGCUUCAGCUGGCCAUGGAGAUGGUGGGCUUCCUCCCUGCAACACGCAAACAGAUCUUCUCCCUGCUCUCAGCCAUCCUUCACCUCGGAAACAUCCGCUAUAAGAGGAAAACCUACAGGGAUGACUCCAUCGACAUCUGUAACCCAGAAGUGCUGCCGGUCGUCUCAGAGCUGCUGGAGGUCAAAGAGGAGAUGCUGUUUGAAGCUCUGACAACACGGAAGACUGUUACUGUGGGUGAGAAGCUAAUUGUUCCCUACAAACUGGCUGAGGCUGGUACGGUCAGAGACUCCAUGGCCAAGUCUCUGUACAGUGCUCUGUUCGACUGGAUUGUCUUCAGGAUCAACCACGCUCUACUCAACAUCAGGGACCUGGAGGAAACCACUAAGAUAUUGUCCAUCGGAGUGCUGGACAUUUUUGGUUUUGAAGACUACGAGAACAACAGCUUUGAACAGUUCUGCAUCAACUUCGCCAACGAACGUCUCCAACACUACUUUAAUCAGCACAUCUUUAAGCUUGAACAAGAGGAGUACAGAGUAGAGGGCAUCAGCUGGAGGAACAUCGACUACAUCGACAACACCGGUUGCAUCCACCUGAUCAGUAAGAAGCCCACAGCACUGUUCCAUCUCCUGGACGAGGAGUGCAAUUUUCCCCAGGCCACCAACCAGACUUUGUUGGACAAGUUCAAGAGGCAGCAUGAGGGGAACAGCUACAUCGAGUUUCCUGCCGUUAUGGAGCCUGCCUUCAUCAUCCGACACUACGCUGGAAAAGUCAAAUACGGCGUCAAGGACUUCAGGGAGAAGAACACAGACCACAUGCGUCCGGACAUCGUAGCUUUACUAAAGAGCAGUAAAAAUGCGUUUAUCUGCGGGCUGAUCGGGAUUGACCCGUCAGCCACGUUCCGCUGGGCGGUACUACGAGCCUACUUCAGAGCCCUGGUGGCUUUUAGAGAGGCCGGAAAGAGACACACGCAGAAGAAAACUGGGCAUGAUGACGCUGCUCCCUGUGCAGUUUUGAAAAGUGUGGAUAGUUUUAGCUUUCUGCAGCACCCUGUGCAUCAGAGAAGCUUAGAGAUCCUGCAGAGAUGCAAAGAGGAGAAGUACAGUGUGGCGAGAAAGAGUCCACGCACACCUCUGUCAGACCUGCAGGGAAGCAACACCAUCAAUGAGAAAUCUCCACGGAGUUCCCCCGGCCUGGGAUGGAAUGGCCGAGUGGGUCGACAGAGCCGCCCAUCGCCCAGCAGCUCCACCACAGAAGAAGACGGCAUUUUUGUCAACUCAGCCAGCAGCAAACUCCUGGAGAGAGCUCAUGACAUACUCAUGAGGAACAAAACCUACAAGUCAAGGCCACUUCUUCCAAAGCACUUACUGAAUGUCAAGUCUCUGAAGUACCUCAGCAACCUCACGCUUCAUGACCGCAUCACCAAGUCACUGCUUCACCUCCACAAGAAGAAGAAACCACCCAGUAUCAGCGCACAGUUCCAGGCCUCUCUCAAUAAGCUAAUGGAGACUCUGGGUCAGUCUGAGCCUUAUUUUGUCAAGUGCAUCCGUUCCAAUGCUGAGAAGCUGCCCUUACGGUUUAAUGAUAACCUGGUGCUGAGGCAGCUACGUUAUACAGGCAUGCUGGAAACUGUGCGCAUUCGACAGUCAGGCUACAACAUCAAGUACAGCUUCAAGGAUUUUAUCCAUCAUUUCCAUGUGCUGCUCCCAGAAAGUGCUAGCGCCACCAAGGGUAGCAUCCAGGAGUGUCUGGACCAGCUGGACCUGGCACCUGACGGAUACCAAGUUGGAAAGACUAUGGUGUUUUUGCGUGAGGCUGAGCGCCAGCGACUGCAGGCCUUACUUCACACUGAAGUUCUCAGGUUCAUCGUGCUGCUGCAGCGACAGUUCAGAGCUCAGCUGGAAAGGAAGCAGUUCGUCAAGAUGAGAGAAGCUGCCAUCUGCAUCCAGAGAUGGUGGCGCAUGUACCGGCCCAUGGAAGAGGAGGAUGAGGAGGAAGAGGAGGAUGAAGACUACGACCCAGCUGUCCAGGAGGCUGCAGUGCUGUGUCUCCAGGCCCACUGGAGGGGUUAUAGGGAGCGUCAGAGGUUCAGGGAGUGGAGGGAAGCUGCUGUGGUUCUACAGAGGGCGUGGAGGAUGUGGCUGUAUCGACGCUGCACAGCGGCUCUGGUCAUACAGACCGCCUGGCGCUGCCAUCGGGCUAGAGAGGCCUAUCUACAGCUGCACACUUCUGUGGUACAACUACAGGCUUUGAGCAGAAGAUUCCUCGCCAGACAAAGCUUCAGAAAACUAAAGCAGCAGAGGCAGAAGGAGGAGGAGGAGCAGCAGGAGAAGCUGCUUCAGCUCCAGAAUGGACAGGUGAGUGUUUCCCCUGAAGAAGAGGAGUCACCAGAGGGGAUUCCAGGCUUGGACUUGAGCACAUGGGAGGAUCGUUCAUAUGAGGAAAGAGAAAGAAACCUGAAGGGCCAUAGCAGCCAUGAGGGGGCACUAAGGGAGGAGGGAGAAAGCGAAACUGCUAGGCCAAGGGAGAGUUUGUCUACAGUGCACUCUGAAACACCAGAACCUGCCUCGACAACCUCUGUAGUGGUUCGAGAAAGAUCUAGAACUGUCGACGAGCCCAGUCAGAAAACCACUCGUGCCAAAAGAGAGAGCCGGCGAAUGCGAGAGUUAGAGCAGGCCAAGUUCAGCCUGGAGCUUCUCAAGGUCCGUGCAACCAGUGGCGGGUCUUCAUCUCCAUCUGAUGAACGGCGCUGGUCUGUUGAGCUGGUGCCCCCCACAACCCCUCCUCUACUGUCACCACAGGGCACGCCUGACAGCCAGAGCUCCAAAGGCAGCUUCGAGCUCCUCAGUAUGGACGAAGAGCCACCGAAGGCGACAGAAGAGAUUGUAGACAGUGAGGACCCCUGCUCCCCUGUUCCCUCAGUGGGUCCAGAACCAGAGCCAUAUAUGGAGGUCGUUUCAACAAGCCCAGAGCCAGAGAACCCUCCCAGGACUGAGGUUUCUAAUACUGUAGCUCAACCAGGCAGCCAGGUCCAGCCUGUAACGGAUCCGGUAGCCCACUCACAUCCGCCCAAAAUCGAGAACUACCUCCCUACAUUUUACGUCCCUGCUAGCGAAGGCAGCACCGUCAUCACCCGCUGUCCUGCUGAGGAACCUCAACAGAACACAGACACUGUCAUUGCUGCAACCACCACUACAACAGUUAUCAAGCCCGUCAAAGACAGGCGAGAGUCAACACGGCGACCGGUGGUGGUGGUCAUUAGCAUGCAGAAAGAAACCCCACUGUGUGAGGAGCUGAAUGAAAUGGUCCGUCCCCCUGUAGAAGUUCGAGAUUCAGCAGCCCAGACAGGGGAGUUGACACCUUCACCACAGAAACCAGGUCCAACUCCUGUGCCUCAAGGUACGCCUGUCCCUCAGACUGACCAGGCUGUCAUAGACAAACUGGUUCGACUGAAUGAGGAAAAGGAGGAGAGGCAGCGGAAUCAGCAGCAGCAGAAUGAGAGGGAGAUGAUGGAGCAGAUCAGGCAGCAGAAAGAAGUCCUGGAGCGUCAGCGGCUUUUCUUCGCUCAGUACGAGAGAGACAUGUUUGAGAAGCAAAGAGGUGAGGCCUUGACCAGGAUAAAGCAGAGUCGGCAGGGUGGACAAGAUGUUGGCAGGACGGCCACCUCCGGUAAACCCCUCAGACCCAGUUCCCUGCUUAUUGACAGAACAACAGGGUCUCAAGGCAGAACCCAGUCAGAAUCCAUGGCCCCAUCAGCAGAGAUUCAACCCCAGUUGCCUCAUCCACCCGCAUCUGCUCCCAGAGAAAAACUCAAAGACAGCAGGCCUGUCACUGAAGGAUGGGCACCGAAGCUCACCCUGGAGACCAGAGAUGGAGGAGGAGCCAGAGUCAGACCUGCCCCCAAGAAGGUGCAGAGUAACCAGGGCACCACAGUUAAUAUGACUGACAAGCCAAGCAACAUCUUCUUCUCACCAAAGGAUAAAGUGACAUUUGCAAAGUUUGACACCGAGGUUGCCACUAAAGAGAUGCCUACCAGUCCUCAAGAGGGACCCACACCAGUCUCCAAGCCUUCAAAAGUAACAAAAGGACGGGAUGUUGGAAGAGCAGGCCAAAAAAAGAAAGCCAGAAUGGCACGGACCCGUUCCGACUUCCUCACCCGCGCCCCCAUCCUCUCAGUUGGGGGUGAUUCAGACGAGGAUGACUAUGAUGGCGAGAGCCCCGUCAGCCCCCGUCAUUACACACUGCCCCUCUCCAAACAGAAUGCAACGGAGGCGGGCUUAGGAGAGUCCUGUUUCAGUGACUCAGACAUGCCUGCAAGUGGCGAGGAGCAAAAGAAGAUACACAAAGCUAUGUCAUCAGGAGAUUUGGUAAAAGCCGACACACUGCGAAAGAACUCACAAGAUGGAAGGGUUCGUGGCAAAAUGCGUUUCUGGGGGAAAACUAAGUACGGGGAUAAGAAGAGAGAAAAGCUGAUUUGUGGAGCCGAUUCCCUGGACGGAGACUAUGGAGACACUGGGCCACUACUGGGAGAUGGUCAGGAAAACCUGUCCCCCCCCUGCAGUCCUGAUGUGACUUUGGAUCGAGCCUUCAGAGACUUGAAGGAGAAUAAGGAGCCUUCUCCCAAAGUGAAACGAAGGCGUAGUGUUAAAAUCAGUAGUGUGGCUCUGGAACCCGCCCAGUGGCAGAACGACGCACUGCAGAUCCUCACCUGCACCAACGACUACAGGAGCAUGAAUGACUUCCUAAUGAAGAAGAUCAGUGAUUUGGACACAGAAGACAGCAAGAAAGACACAAUGGUGGACGUUGUGUUUAAAAAGGCUCUGAAAGAAUUCCGUCUAAAUAUCUUCAAUUCGUACUCCACUGCACUGGCCAUGGAUGAUGGUAAAAGUAUUCGAUACAAAGACCUCUAUGCACUGUUUGAACAUAUCCUGGAGAAAACCAUGCGUCAAGAGCAGAGGGACUGGAGCGAGUCUCCUGUCAAAGUUUGGGUCAACACCUUUAAGGUCUUCCUGGACGAAUUCAUGAUAGAGUACAAAUCUCUGGACAGUACACUUGGCAAGCAGGUGCCCAAACCUGAACGCAAAAAACGGAGGAAAAAAGACACUGACAUUGUAGAGGAGCAUAAUGGUCAUAUCUUCAAGUCCACUCAGUACAGCAUCCCCACAUACUGUGAAUACUGCUCAUCGCUCAUCUGGAUGAUGGACCGGGCCUGUGUCUGCAAAUUGUGCCGGUACGCCUGCCACAGAAAGUGCUGCCAGAAGAUGACCACCAAAUGCAGUAAGAAGUUUGACCCAGAAUUGUCCUCCAGACAGUUUGGAGUUGAAGUUUCUCGCCUGACCAGUGACGAGCGAACGGUGCCGCUGGUGGUGGAAAAGCUGAUCAACUACAUUGAAAUGCACGGCCUCUACACAGAAGGAAUCUACCGGAAGUCUGGAUCCACCAACAAAAUUAAAGAACUCAAGCAAGGACUUGACACAGAUGUAAACAGCAUGAAUCUGGACGACUAUAAUAUCCACGUCAUUGCUAGCGUCUUCAAGCAGUGGCUCAGAGACUUACCUAAUCCUCUGAUGACAUUUGAGCUGUAUGGAGAGUUUAUACGUGCCAUGGCUUUGCAGGAUAAAAAGGAAAUGAUCAGAGGAGUGUAUUCAGUUAUUGACCAGUUAAGCAGAACUCACCUGAACACUCUGGAACGGCUUAUUUUUCAUCUUGUCAGGAUUGCUUUGCAAGAGGAGACGAACCGAAUGUCAGCAAACGCCUUGGCCAUAGUUUUUGCUCCGUGUAUUCUGCGUUGUCCAGACACCAUCGAUCCACUGCAGAGCGUCCAGGACAUCGGCAAAACCACUGCGUGUGUAGAACUUAUCAUCUGUGAACAGAUGAACAAGUACAAAGUACGACUAAAGGACAUCAACACCCUGGAGUUUGCUGAGAAUAAAGCCAAGUGCAGACUGACUCUGAUUCGACGGUCGAUGCAAAAUGCAGCUAAAAAGGGAAAAGGCCACAUCCAGCGGCUGAGUUACCACACCCCCUCGCCACCAGUUAGUCCCCGCCUACCUCCUGGGAAGGAUGCUGUGAUAGAGGAGAGCGGCGGAGAGGAAGGAGCCGAGUCAUUCAGUGAAAUCUCAGAGCAUCAGCAGGCAGCCAUGCAACAGGAAGAGAGAGUGUUGACAGAACAAAUUGAAAACCUUCAGAAAGAGAAGGAGGAGUUGACUUUUGAGAUGCUGACACUGGAGCCACGAGCAUCAGAUGAUGAAACUCUGGAGUCAGAGGCUUCGAUCGGUACAGCUGACAGUUCAGAAAACCUCAACGUGGACUCAGAGGGAACCAUUUCGGACUUCUCUGAGAGGGGCCCAGUAUUGACAUCCCCCUGGCCUCGAAGGUCCGAUGGAAGGAGCCCCCGGCAGCGGGUCCUCCGAAGACAGCCCGACUCUCUGGACUCUGUGGACUCUUGCUCUAGCGUCUCCUCCUUUUCCUCUUCGUCACACUUCAAUCCGUCAUCUUCAUCCUCCUCUUCCACCACCCGGCGCUUUCGUUUCCACUCUAAGUCUGCCUCCUUGACCUCCUCGGGUCCCUCCCAGGGCCACACCCCCCAGGCCUCCCGCUCAGAUACCUUAGACAGCUGUAGCCCUACAAGAGAUCCAGACGGUGCAUAUGAUGAAAAACCACAGUUCACCAGCCGAGGGACCUUUAAUCCAGAGAAAGGCAAACAGAAACUUAAGGGGACCAAACAUUCAACCCUGAGGCACACCCGCGAUGGUGGAGGCCACAGCAGGGACCCCCCGGACCUCCCCCAGCAGCUUGUAUUGUAUGGCAGUAAUGAAUUCAUGGUAUGAAGGACACUGGUACACCAAAGUACUCCCUAUGCAACUCCUUGGCAGAUAUAUGCUUUUCAAAGCGAGUUACACAAUGAACAACCAAUCUCCUUUCAUCAGAGCACUCUUGCUUAGCCUUUCUCCAUUGAAGUCUGCAAAGAAAUGUCCCCAAGUGCCGUGGAUAACAUUCCCACCUCCAGAGGCGCAGGAUGCUUGACAGAGGGACAGUCCAUCAGUGAAAGGGCUCCUCUUCUGUGGACUAAACUGCCACCCAUGCUCUUAUCGUGCCUUGGCAGCUCUUUACUUAGCGCCAAGAGGAGACGCACUGAGCAGGAGGAUGGAGAAAAGGGAAUGUUGGAUAAAGACCAUUCAGCAUCAGGGAAAGUUACCGGAGCUGGAAAGCUGAAGCAGUGUAAACAGUAUAUAAAAAGAAGUCUAUAUUAGCUGCUUUCUGAGUUUACAGUUCAUAACAAUCAGUGUAAGCAGUGGUUGCUUUGUUAUUACAAAUGUAUUUUUCCCCCUUACCUUUAUUUAAUAAAUUUUAAUGUCACAGAAAUUCUUUAUAGCAUAUAAUAUACAGGUAUAAAUAAUGUACAAAGCCGGAACACCAGUCUCUGCUGGGUAGCUGAAAUCGAAUAUUUAUCCUUUUGUUUUUUUGUUGUUUUUUUUUUUCCUUUUUUUGAGUAUCUUGGACAGAGAUGUACGGAUUUGGGCAACGGCUGAUUUGUAUGUGUGAGUGUGCAUGUGCCAAGCGCUCAUGCAUUCUUGUAUGUAUGUGUGAGAAAGCAGGAAGCACUUCUUGUUUUUUUAAGUUUGUGCUGCUUUUUCCCUCUAUAAGGGAAAUACCGUCAUCAAAGGGACCAAGUUAGCUGGUAUGUAUUCCAGCCAAGGGGAUCCCAGCUCUGUAAAGAAUGUUGGAUAUGUAUAAAAUCCCUGCAUUCACUGCUUAACAGCCAUACAACAAUUGUAAAGUACAAUACAGUUCAUAUGUACAGUGUAGUGGACAAAAAUGCCAUUAUAUUCUUGAACUCUCUUGUUACCCCACUCCCAAACCCACCCCUUGUAUCUAAAGUGUUUGCUCAAUAGCAACCAAGACAAAUCAUGAAACUAA